GGACAUGCCCGACCUAACUCUAGUGUUGGCCUCACGGCGGCUCAAAGGUAAUGCAAUGGGGUUCUUGCCAGUGGAUCUUUGGAGUAGGCAUCCAGCUAUUGUUACCAAUAUUGGCAUGGGUUGAUGUCCAAUGUGACGUAUAUGUCAAUUGCCAUGUGCAGCCAAAUUGUUUGGUAUGUGUUUGUUGCUUUGGCAGGGGCGAUGGCGGAAAGUGGUGAGAACGUGGCGUUCCUGGCGAUCGCGCGGGUCAGCGACAAGGCUGUCCUGGCCAGCUGCUUCGACAACGCCGCGCUCGCAGAGGAGAAGCAGGGCUUCGAGAGCGCCCUGGCCGCCGUGCUACAGCGCGCCAGCUCCGUGCACCCGGGCUGGAAGGAGCGCGUGGAGUGCCGCGAGUGCGAGGGCGUUCUGCACGUGCUGGCGGACGCGCAGGCCUUCUGCUUCCUCGUCGCAGCCGUCAGGAGCAGGCAGUACCCGGACAGGGUGGCGGGCCAGCUGCUGCGCGAGCUCGGGAAGAAGGCGAGGAAUUGCCAGGGCGACGAGAACUUGGCGAAGGGGUGCCGGCAAGAACUGUGUCCAUAUCCAGUGCGUCUUGGAUGUUCGCGGAAGUGGCGCCACGAGGCCGAGGCACAAGCGGGCGCGUUGUCGACGCCGCUGAGAAAGACUAUGAAAGAUUUGAUGAAGUGCCUCCGCCUUUAGUGCACCGCGCGUUGAAGACGAGGGAAGCGGGUCUCUGGAUGGACUCGGCGAGAGGAUCCGCGGAGAUACGCGGGGAUGCUCAUCUCCAUUCGUUUUGUCGCGUUGGGCGUUGUGCAGUUUCAUCAGUUGAGCGUUCGUGCGCCAGUCUAAUGUGACCUGGGACGUCAC